AUGACUGUCUUUCCUCAGCACCACCGCAUACCGCAUUGGGUCUGGCCAACUGGAGUCAUGUUCUUUUUCUUCCUCACAUCCGCCAUCCGGUGCUAUGAGCUACUGCACUAUCAUCGUCGUGUGCGAGACAUAUAUCUUUUCAAAUGCUUUACCAGGACGUUCAGGACCUGGGGAAUUCUCAUUGGAAGGCGGCCUGGUCAUAUUUCGUAUUUGUCUAGGAUGCCAAGACUUGCGAAUUCGCCUUGGAAUUACGACGACUGCGUGCGAUCUGUGCUUGAUAUCUCUUCAACAGCUCUUGAUCGCGAUGCUGGCUAUGACAUCUGCUGGGAGGCUGAAGCUAAGGGUUGGAAGUAUUGGUUGUACGGAGAGAUGACUGGCUGUCUGAGUAAAAGUCGGGCGUUCCGGCAGAGGCCUUGA